GACGCCUGCGCACAGAGGGAGUGCUCGUCCGCUCCCCUCCCCGCCUCCGCCAAGCCGCGCCCGCGCAGUUAAGACCGAGCAGAGACAGCGCCUGCGCGGCCGAGGCCGAGGAGGCUGUGGCGGUCGCGGCGAUGGAAGCAGCGGAGCCGCUGAACGAGCUAGUGUCAGCCGAGGGCCGAAACCGGAAGGCGGUGCUGUGCCAACGUUGUGGCUCCCGGGUGCUGCAGCCAGGGACUGCUGUCUUCUCCCGCCGGCAGCUUUUCCUUCCCUCUAUGAGAAAGAAGCCAGCUCUGGCUGAUGGCAGCAAUCCUGAUGGCGAUCUCCUCCAGGAACACUGGCUGGUUGAUGACAUGUUUAUCUUUGAGAACGUGGGCUUCACCAAAGACGUGGGCAACAUCAAGUUUCUGGUCUGUGCAGACUGUGAAAUUGGACCAAUUGGCUGGCAUUGCCUAGAUGACAAGAACAGUUUCUAUGUGGCCUUGGAACGGGUUUCCCACGAGUAACUGAGGCGAGGGGGACUCAGCUCUACCCCCAACUAUAAAAGCGACUCCCCACAAGAACUGGCAUUUAACCUGGCAUAACUGUUCUGCUGCCGCCUUCUCCGUACUUCUAUAAAUAAUGAGUACCAGCAUGUCCACGUGAACACGCACAGGGUUAAUCCUGCUUCCUUAGAGCCUCAAGUGCACGCCUCUUGCUUAGUUCAUGUUGCAUCACAACAUUUCCUAAUCUCCCUUUUCCCCGUUUUGGGACACUGAUGCCUCCACAAACCUAGUCUCAUUCCGGGCAUUCUGCCUAGGCUCUAUUUUACCCAGGAGCUCCCUUUUUUUCUUGCAAUAGAAGAGUAGUAGUCAGCCUUUUAGCCAUGAUGACAUGUCAAAAGAUGCUCAUGUGUUGAUAGUUAAAACUGCCUUUUUCUGUCUCACUCAAAACAUAUAAGUAUCCGAGAGUGACUUUGUUGUAUGGCUACCCUUCUUAUCCACAGUAAUUUAUUUUUUCUAAAAGUAAAGCAUUUACGAAUUUCAGUAUUUAAACUGCUAAUCAGAAAUGCAUUACUUUGGAUACAUCUCUGAUACCAUGUUUGAGAGCUUCUGCUCAAGGUUGGUAAUGACAUUUUAUUGUGAAGAAGAAUGUGGCCCCUCUUCUCUUCAAAUCUUGAUGUGGUGCUUAUAGCCUAUAAGUUGAGAAUCAGAUUUUCAACCCCAUCUGGCAGCCACCACAAGGAAAAUUUAGCUGUUUACCCAGGCUCUCUUGGAAUCAGGGUGGAAGGUAUAAGAAAUAUGAGGGAUAGGCCUUUGCCAAAUUAUUCAUGAGUUUAUAGGUUUGUCUCAUCUGGACAGGAAACUUUCUUUCUUUGUUCUCAGGAAAGACUUCUUUAAUGGAUAGGAUCAUCAUUUACCGAACCUACUGGGCAUGAUCUUCAGAAAGUUUUUGUUCAAUUGGAAUCUCUAUACCAACUCAGAAUACAAACCUUCCAAAUGCUUCUAUUUCUAUAUCUGUGGCUUUGCUCUAACAGUUUGAUAUUAACAAACUUAUUUAAGCCUUCAACAUGAUUUCCAAUUAUUCUGUCAGUUCUCUCUUCUGAAAUAACUCACCAUCCUAGAAGUAAUCUGUAUAAUCAGGUUUCGGGUGUCCUCCCAUCAUCCCUCCCUCUAAGAUUCAGGAGACCUAAAAUUGAAAUAAGGACUAACUAGAGACAUUACCAUCUGAAAUCCCUUCCUUUGCAUCUGUUUUCUGGUUGCUUCCUCCUUCCUUCACCCCACAAUUUUGUAAGGGUUUCCCACUAGAAUACAGGCCUUGGGCACAGUUCUGUAGCCAACCUACUCUCCUAGAAAGGUGGCUUCAUUCCCAGACAGAGCCAGAGCAAGCUCCAGUACAAAAUAAAAGAACUCUUCUAGACAAA